UGGGCCCGAGGUCCCUCAGUGUUGUCAAUAUGGCGGAUCCGCUGAGUAUCCUCCGCCAAUAUAAUGUCAAUAAGAAGGAGAUAAUUACCAAAGGUGACAACAUAAUCUUCGGAGAAUUCUCAUGGCCGAAGACUGUGAAAACUAAUUACUUGGUUUACGGUUCCGGUAAAGAUGGAGCUCCCAAGGAUUACUACACCCUGGAAUGUCUGCUCUUCCUUCUCAAGCAUGUCAGCCUUACACAUCCUUCAUAUGUCCGAAAGGCCGCGGCCGAGAAUAUCCCUGUGGUACGGCGACCAGAUCGUAAAGAACUUUUGGCCUACCUGAAUGGAGAAACGUCAACCUCUACAGCUAUUGAUAAAUCUGCACCUUUGGAAAUUCCCACACAGGUGAAGCGAACACUGGAGGAUGCAUCAGACAUUACAGCCAAGAAGCCACGUUAUGAUGACAGCGAUGUACAGAAAAUUAAGGAGCAUCUUGCUCUUCGCUUUGAUGUUCCAAAGAAGUCUUCCAUUGUCAGCAAUAUUGAUAGGUCCUUGUCUGAAGCAAUGUCAAUUGAAAAAAUUGCCGCCAUCAAAGCAAAACGUUUGGCUGUCAAGAGAACAAUGAUUAAGGAGGAUGAUGAUGACUUUGGCCUGGGUACAGACUUGCGUAGUAUGCUAGAGUUUGACAUUGAUGUCACCAAAGAUAUUACUACAAAGGAACGUCAGUGGAGAACAAGAACAACUAUUCUUCAGAGUUCGGGUAAACAAUUUGCAACAAGCAUAAUGGGGCUUCUCAAGUCAAUCAAGGCCCGUGAGGAGGGUCGUCUGAGAUCAACGGCUCCAAAUCCUGUGCCAACACCAGUCUCUAGAGUGCCACAACAGCCUGCCGGUUACUCCCGUUACGACCAGGAAAGGUUUAAGGGCAAAGAAGAAACUGAGGGCUUCAAAAUUGAUACAAUGCGUACCUAUCACGGUCUGUCUCUGAAGAGUGUGACGGAAGGCAGCCAGAGUCACAAGAUGGCUCCACAGCCCGAUCUUGCUCCCCAGACUAAGCCUAUACCUGGUCAGCAAAUGAAGAAGCCAUCGCGUACCCCCAUCAUAAUUGUCCCCAGCUCUCCUUCGUCGCUAAUCACAAUGCUCAAUGCAAAGGAUCUACUGCAAGAUAUGAAAUUCGUCUCUAAUGAAGAAAAACGACAGCAAGGCACCAAACGUGAAACGGAGAUCCUCAUCCAACGCCCCAAAGCUGGGGGUCUCACUGUACCAUAUCGUGUCACAGAUAAUCCAUCCAAGUUGAACUAUGCUGAAUGGGAUCGAGUUGUAGCAGUAUUUGCCAUGGGUCCAGCAUGGCAGUUCAAGGGCUGGCCCCAUGAUGGCAAUCCAGUAGAGAUCUUCAAUAGAAUUUGUGCUUUUCAUAUUAAGUUUGAGGAAAUGAAAUUAGACAACAACAUUUCUAAGUGGGCUGUGCACAUCAUCGGCUUGAGCCGCGUUCGUCGACAUUUAGACAGAGCUAGAUUCUUGGAGUUUUGGGAAAAACUCGAUAGAUACAUACAGUUGAAGAAACCACACCUACGAUCUUAAGCAGCACAGUGUGGUUCAUAUUGUUCAACAAGUCUCACCUGCGAUGGUAGUGUGUCCGUUGGUCGGGCAGCCUCGUAUACCAGUGAUGGAGCUGCACCCUUACAACAAUAAUCUUCUUUUAUCACUCGUAUUUAUUUGAAAAUUCUAACAAAGAAAAAAUGAUUUGUUAUAUUUCAGUUCUUUAUUAAGUACAGAAUAAUUAUUUUUAUAUUUCUUGCAAGUUUUGUAAUGUAUAAAAAUAAAUGCAUACAGCUGUUUUUAACGGAUUAUUGUGACUCUGGAGCAGCUGUUUUAAAGCUGUAAAUUAUCCAUAAAUUAUAAAAGCUCAUGUUAUCCAGGACUUCAAUUAAACAUAUAUCAUGUACUUUGCUUUCAUUUGAAAUUCUAUGUACCGUAACUCUCACCUCCAAGAAACUGUGUAUUUCAACUUAUAAUAGCUGGUUACCUCUUUACUAUUUGCCACUUAAAGUAAGACACUUUAAUGUCAUAAAAAACAUUCAGAUUCAUUAAAGCACUCCAGUUUUGUUUUUUGUUUCUCUAGGUUUUAUAAUAUCAGCUCUGUAGGUCUGUUUAAACAAGUCAAACCUGGAUUUAAAUGAUGUUUACACUUCAAAGAUUGGUUGUUAAUAUUUUGCAAUAACUGAUUAAAUGUUAAGAUUAUUGCAAAUGUGUUGCAAUUAAAGUUAAAAGAUGUUUUUGGUCUAUGUGAAAUAUUGAGACGGCAACUAUCGCUUCUCGGCUGUCUCUAUGCAUUGUUUCUCAAUAAAAUUCUCAGCGAUUCAGACUGUUUUAAUAUAGAUAAACUUACGAAUUCUGCUCGGGGUAUUGGCCUCUUGAGUAAUAUCUAGACAUUUUGUAUCCAAUUAUGCCGUGAUAUUUAGCUAUAUAGUAGCUAGCACUUAUUUUGAUUAUUUGAGAAUCUCAAAUUUAUUUGAGAUUAGAAUGCAUUUGAAUGCUUACAAAUUUAUUUGUUUAUUAUUUAUUUAUGCCUUGUAUAUAAGUUAAUUGGUAGCCCUUGCUCAAGGUUAGUGAUGCUUCAAGAUCUGACAGGCCUCACUUGAAGGUUAACACUGAUAGAUUCAGCAAGGAGGUGCUUCAAUAUAAUUAUUCAAAUCCAAAUUAAACUAUGAUGUGCCAUUCAACUGUAGUGCAUUAUAGAGGGAUCCCAGUGUGCGCGGGUGUUGGUUGUUGUGUGAUUUUGUUUUGUUUGUUUAUAUCGGUCUAUAUUGUAAUUUGUAAAAAUAAAGGAUAUCCCAAGACAAAAAUAUAAGCAUGUUGCCAAUGCAUGGUAUGUAAAUAAUUUAUGGAAAUUAUGUCGAGAUAAUAUUUGUUUAUAAAUGUUGGUGCUGAAGAAAUGUUUCCAUAAAUGUAAAGUCCAAAAUAUUUUGCACUUCUACUAUAAACCAAUUUGUCAUAAUACAGAAAUGAAAGAUUAAGUAAGGUAUUGUCUACUUUAUUUAGUGGCUGCAAAAGUUAGUUUCUUGGAGGUGGGAACACUAAAAAUAUUCAUUUCUGUAUUCUGUUAGGUCACUAUCUCUGCUUGCAUUUGUUACUGUAUUUCUUGAAUGCAGUUGUAGAACAAGCAUCAAAACAGAGAGAUAGAGAAACAAAAAAAUAAAAUAUAUAUAUAUAGUAGGGGAUAAUCUGUUGGUCCCAUGAAGUAUUCAUAUUGUUUAUAGGAGUAUAUAUCGGUAUCUAUCAUUGUAUGUACAUGUUGGGACAGUACUCACAAAUUGGUGUACAAUUUUUCCCCCCCGUUUGUUUUGAUUUGACUAUUGGCUGCAGAUAUGCAGCUGGAAGUUCUUAUUUGUUAAUAUGCAGUGGUGCCCCACUUCAUAAUAUGAAAAUGGACAGUUCAAUAAUGUGUAAAUAGUUUUAUAGGAUAUACAGUUUUGAUUUAGCAACUUGUCAAACAUAUUGUAAUUAAAUUAAAUAUAAAAGACCA